CAAAAAUGGCAGAUUAACUAAAAGAAAUAGACAUCUUCAUCAAAAAACAAAACUUUUAAAAAGGAAUCGAAAAACUUUCACAACUCUAAACCUAACUCAAUGAAAAAAUUAUUAACCCAGAAGAAAUUCCAGAAGAUGACUUAGUAAAGCAUAAUUAAGAUUUAGAUUUUAUAAAGUAAAAUAUUUGAGAGAUUCGCUACUAUUUUCAUUGAUAUCAAUUAAGUUUAUCAAGCAAUGUAAUAUUUGAUAAAAAUGAUAAAAAUUGACAAAGACAUAUGUAAAGCAUCCAAUAACAAAGAUAACAUUUUGAGACUCUGUAAUUCUUAUGCCAAAAUGGGUAAUUAAAGAAUUCAAUUUAAAUAAAGGAAGAUGUUGUUUCUAUUGCUGCUAUUAUGAACAGACUUUCAAAUUUUUGGAUUAUGCUCGACAAUUGCUCAUCUCACAUAAUCUCACCAACACCGAAGUUUAUGCCUUGACUCUAACAUAGUUGGGAAAUUACUAUAGGUUCAUGUUUCAAGAUGAUCUGGCUGAAUAAAUGUUACUUGAAAGCAUCAAAAUUAGAGAAGACCUAUAUUCAAGUAAUUCAAUAGUAAAAGUCAUUAAUAUUUUAGGAAGUGGCUGAUUCAUUACAUUUACUAGCUCAGUUGUUCUCGGACGAGGGGUAGAUUGAAAAUGCCAUGACCUCGAUUGAUUAAGCCAUCACUAUAUGGAUUAAUGAGUUAGGUUAUGAGAAUAUUAAAACAGCCAAAUCUAUUUAUCUGAAAGGAAAUUUGUACCUUAGAAUGAAAACUACACCAGAAAGUAAUUGUUAUUUUGAAAAUGUAGAUUUAGAAAAAGCAGAAAAGUUAAUUAUUCAAAGUUUGGAAAUAGACAUUAAAAUUAUGGGCCAUUCCUCAUAAGAUAUUGCAGAUUGCUAUCAUUCCUUAGGAAAGAUUAAAGCCUAUAACAAGAGUUCAAAUGAAUUUGAAGGGUAUUUUAUAAAAUCAUAGCAAAUUUUAUAAGAUUUGUAUGGAUAGAGUCAUGCAAGCAUUGCAAUCAUAUUAAAUAAUUUGGGAAGUUCAUAUUAUGAGAGAAAAUAGUAUGAAGAAGCUGUUAAUUGUUUUUAAGAAUCUAUAAAAAUUUAUACCUAAAUUUGUGGAGAAAUGCAUGGCAAUUUAGCCAUUACUUUAAGAAACUGUGCAGAUUGCCAUAAGGAAUUAGGUCGCUUCAAAUAAGCUUACAAUGAUUAUUCAAAAUCAUUGGAUAUUUACAAAGUAUAAUUGUCAUAAUUGAUUUAGAAAAUGUAAAUCAAUCAAUAGUAGGUUACUUCAAUCCAAAAUUAGAUGAUCCAAAUCUAGGAGAAAUUUUUGGAAGAUUGAUCUCAGACUCUUUUGAUAUAAAAGACAACUAAACAAUUUAGUCGUCUUUUAUAUUAACUAAAAUUAUAUAUAAUUAAAUCUAUACCCCC